AGUCACCAGCCAGACUGGCUCGAGGUGAGCCAGGCACAUCCGCGUUAGGACUCAGGGACACGCCUUCUUCUCACACAAACCUUCCUGAUCCCAGCUGCCUAGGCGGGACUCCAGGGUGGUGCUACCAGCCUUGCCACUUGCAGUCUUGACAGGCAAAGGUUGGGGACCGCGUCUGGGCCUUUCACCGAUCGGGAGCCACAGGUUGCAGACGCAGGGAGGGAGCCUUGCCCAUGACCGUGACUCUGUGAGGCUGGCUACCGGUGCGCGGUGGUUGCUGGUGGGUCCCCGGAGCUCGGGAAGACCGGAGCUGCUCCCGAAACCUGACACCAGCUCCCUCGCUGUCCCCGCUGCCCCCGCUCCGCGGGCUGGCCCGACAAGACCAUCACUAUGACUGAUGGAGACUACGAUUAUCUGAUUAAACUCCUGGCCCUUGGAGACUCAGGGGUGGGGAAGACAACAUUUCUCUACAGAUACACAGACAAUAAAUUCAAUCCCAAGUUCAUCACCACAGUAGGAAUAGACUUUCGGGAAAAACGUGUGGUUUAUGACACACAAGGAGCAGAGGGAGCUUCGGGAAAGGCGUUUAAGGUACAUCUGCAGCUUUGGGACACUGCUGGACAAGAGCGGUUCCGGAGUCUCACCACCGCCUUCUUCAGAGAUGCCAUGGGCUUCUUACUAAUGUUUGACCUCACCAGUCAACAGAGCUUCUUGAAUGUCAGAAACUGGAUGAGCCAACUGCAGGCGAAUGCCUACUGUGAAAACCCAGACAUAGUAUUAAUUGGCAACAAAGCAGACCUGCCAGACCAAAGGGAAGUCAAUGAACGACAAGCUCGGGAGCUGGCUGAAAAAUACGGCAUACCAUACUUCGAAACAAGCGCAGCGACAGGACAGAAUGUAGAGAAGUCAGUGGAAACGCUUCUGGACUUAAUCAUGAAGAGAAUGGAAAAGUGUGUCGAGAAGACACAGGUUCCGGACACUGCCAACGGUGGAAAUUCUGGAAAGCUGGAUAGGGAAAAGCCAGCAGAAAAGAAAUGUGCCUGCUAGACACUCAGAGGAACCAGUGAUGGAGAGCCCACCCAAAUCCCUUGUCCUGACAGAAUGGCAAACCACAACGUUGUUGUUGAGUAGUAGCUCAUGAGCAAUGGCAUGUCUUUCUCCCCUGACCCUAAUCUAUUUUAAUAAAGCAGAUUAGUCAUAGUGUUAUAAGAACUGUACUGUUAUCCUGAGUCCCCCCCAAACAAAAAUCAAAGGUGUCCUAAGGUGAUCUCACCAUUGUGAAUGCUCAGUUGUAUUUUUAUAAGGUUGUGUCUAUGGAAAAACAAAAGGAUCGGUGAGUUUUAAAUGAAAGCACAGAUCACUGCCUGGAGAAAGGAAGAGGCUGACUAAAGGGAGAAUAUGAAAGGAUGAUUUCUGUUUUUAUUUACUUAUGUGGAGUAUGACUCAUACUUCUUCUAUAUUUGCACUGAGGAAGACAUAUUCCUAAAAAUGGACACAUAACGAAGAGUGCUCUGUGACUUAUGAAGAGUGACUGUGUCUGCCCAGGUACCUGUACCAAGUUACUGAUAAAGUCGUGGGUGUGUGAGUGGCAGGCUUCUCUAGGAACUUGUGUAAUUAUGCCAUUUUUAUAUUCCUAAGAAAUGGCAGAGAGACAAGAACAGGACCAUGGAUGAAAAAAGUAUGAGGGAAAUUGAAACAUGGUAGAAAAUGAAACAUGGGUAUAUGGUGUUUGAACAAGUUCAAUGAAAUGGAUCUUUGAGAUAAGUCUGAGAGAGAGAGAGAGUUACUUAGACAAAUGUCACUGAAGCAGAUUAGAGGCUUAGUACCACCAGUUUGGAUUGACAAAGCCUUCAGAGGCUCCUACUCAAAUGAUCCAAACCUUUAACAUCCAUUUCUGAUGGUGCCCAAGUUCACAUUUUAUUUUUAUUUUUUAUCAAAUUCUUAGAAAGAAUCACAAGAAAAGAUAAAGCAUUUUUAUUGUAUAUAUCUUACAAGUGAAAUAAAGAAAACUUAAGGUUUAGUCUUACAGUUUCUAAAUGCAUAAUUUGUUGAUGAGAGAAAACACAGUGAUUAUUAAUUAUGGCUUUUACUUCAUUUUAGAAAAGCACUAGAAAUUCUAAAUUUACUUUUCCUCUAGACCACACGUAACACCUGCCUUGAAGCUGUUACAGGAAUGAAGGUGUGUUCAUGGGUCAAUAAUGUCAAAAUAAUUAUGGACCAAUAACUAUGGUCACCCUAAAUUUUCAUGCCAUCAAUCACCAAGACUUGAUACCACAUUCUUUAUAAUAACCUUCUCAUUUUGCCAAAAGGAAGUCUGACUAUAGUUGAGGUGUACUUGAAAACUUAGCAGGAAUAGAGCUGUGUUUCAGUUCAUCAAAACUACAGUCAAUGUUUUGUUUUCCUGAAAGCUAUCUUUUUUUUUCUAGAAUAAAUCACAGAUAUUCUUAUCAUUGUGAAAUCUCAUUGUAUUGCUUUUUAUUAAUUGUAAUUUGGGAUACAUAUAAGCCAAUCUUAUAAAAGUAAUAUUUUAAAUUGUCAAUCAAUUUUAUCAAUAACAAAGACAAUAAUAUACUGUUAAUAAAGACAAAUUGCUUCAAGUUUUCUGUUUUCAUAGUGAGCUUACAAUUUGUGACAGGAAACUUUCUCAUCUUUUGAAACAUUUUUCAAUCUCAAACUUUUGCAUGCCUUGCCUCCUUUAAAAGUUACAAACAUUAUAAAAUAAAAUCCAGGGCCAUAUCCAACUUCUUCCUGCUGUUGAGUCAGACUGUCCAAGGACAUGUCUACACAAAAUGUUUUUAAGACAAGUUAGAUCCAUAACUGUGCCACUAAGCCACACAAUUUGGAGGCUUAGAUGGGAUUCACCCUUAGUACAAUUUUCAGUAUGAACAGCUCAGCAUUCAAGCUUGUACAAUUCAUUUUCCAUUAUGAUUCUCUUCAAUUCUCACUGGCUGGGAUCCUCUCCUGGUCUCAGGGUCUGUGCCAUAAGUAGGUAGACAGCUAACAGUCAAUUUUUCAAUGUGUCUUCUGGAAGCUACGUGGAAAGAAAUGACCAUGGCUAUGGCAAAAUCUGGUGAAUGUCAUGAGCUCACUAUAUCUAUUUCCUGUUUCGAUUCAAGUCAUCCCGGUAUUUCCAUAACAGAGAAUGGUGAGUCCUGUGAUGGUGAAGGAAUUUCAUUUUUCUAUCUCUCAGCUUAUCAUUGUGGCACAGUUACAUAGUCAGUUACAUAAAUGGCUUGCUUAUACAAAAAAAAAUUAGGAAGAGUCAUUGUGAAAAUAAGUAUUUUUCACGAUUUGUUUGAAGAGCAUUGUUGCUAACUAGCAUGAAGCAUAGGGCAAUGAUGCCUGUAAAUAUGAAAAUGUGUCUGUAAGAGUAACAGCUAUUGGGUAAUAAGCUCAAGAGGGUUGACAUUUCAAACUGCCGAAAAUGAAAAUAUUCUAGUUAUUAAACACUUGGUCUAGAAAUACUUCUGUCUGUAAAUUUUUUCAUCCGACCUUGAAAUCUACUUGGUCAUGGCUAAAGUGUUACUCUCCUAUGAUUUUCAGAUUCUAGUUCUAGAUACUUCAUUAUAUAACUUUGAAUUGAUCUGGCGCCAUGAAUAUUUUACUUUAAAGAACUAUGUAUCUCUUUUAUCCCACCACAAUAUAUAUCUGUAGCUAAGAUACUUUCUCUUAAUAAUUACCUCCCAAAUGCUUUUAGCAAACCAAUUGUAUUUUUGAGAGGUAUCUAAUGUACAUGACACUUCUUUCUGAUACGUGCUCAGGUCUAGAGUGUUUAUACUGGUUGAUGUUUACACAGCUUGAACCCAGUGCCUCAAACUCCUCUGUGACCAGUUUUGCAUCCAAGCACAUAACUCAUUCUCUCUACUCUGAUGUCUCUGAAGAGCCUCACAUAGACAGUGAUAUGGCCGAACCAUCUGAUAUUGUUAGCAAAGGAUGCAAAAAUAUUCUUGGGAUCUGAAGACAAUUGCUGUCCUCUCCUAACCUGUCACAGAUUAGCAAUUGCUUGAAAAUCAGCUACAAAUUGGUACAACGUUAUUUUAAUUUUAUAUAAGACUGGUCUUCUGAAAAAUAUAUAAAACAGUGGUGAGAACAUAGUGCUGGUCUUGUUCUGAUUGUGGUAACGAGCCGUGACCAAGUGGAGAAAAUGCUAUGCGUUGGGAAAUGAACUUGUAUCUCUCCAUAAUGGUUUCAACAUUUAAACUUUACUACUUUAGCCAAUUUAUUGCAAACAAAAAAAGCAAAAAAAAAAACAAAACAAAACAAACAAACAAAUAAAACCACAGAACUGGCAUUUUCUAACGUAUCUAGUCUGUUAAUUUUUAACCACAUAAGGCAUUCUAUGCAUCUGUGGGUGCCUUUGUUUUACUGUACAUUUAUUGAUUGUUAGCCUGUACAGAUAGGAUGAUAGGGCAAGAAUUCUUCUAAUCAAUGUUUAAUUGUCCUUUGUAUAAAAAAAAAAAAAAAACCAAAAAACCAAAAACAAAAACUUGCCCAUAAACAACUGCAUGACAAUAUUAAAAAUCUGUAACAAGAGCCUCAUUCCAAAGACAUUUAAGCUCCAGAGUAAGUCUAUUGGGAAUCAGCAGAUUAUAUGUACCUGGGGCAUCUUCUCAAUUAGUGCCCAGGGGCAUCAGAUAGAGGCAGCUCUGUGUGGAAAAUGCAAUGUUUCUAGAGAGGGUGAACAUCCUGAAAGCACCUGUGAAGGGGACCGUACCUCUCUGCUCUUAGGGGGAAAAAUGCCUUCCUUGCUGUGUAUCACCCAAUAUUUAAGGACAAUUUGUCACUCAGAGGAUGUUAGAGUUAUAUUCCAACAUUCAACCUAUAAAGAAGUACCAUUUCUAACCUCUGGUUUGCUGAAAUGUGGAGUAACUCUAUAAACAUCUGGAGAUGGGCAAGCUAGGAUGUAGGGCCUCUGGAUAGUAUAUGUGAGAACUGAGGUUUGAUCCUCAGGUAACAAAGAGGGUGGAGAGGAGAGGAGGAGCUAAUUUUAGCCAAAGUGAUAGAAAACCUGAUUUUCAUCUUCUACUACCAAGUUUUACAACAUUGAAAGUGGCCUAGUAACUCUGAGUAUUUUAAAGAAAGCUUUAUCAGUUUUUGAAGAUGUCAAGAAACUAGCUACAGUUGCCUAAGAACUGUAUCUAUUGUAUUUUCCUCUUGCUAUUCUAUCACAGUGAUGUCAGCUCAUUUCUGAGGUGACUUCAGAGAUCUGAGGCCUGACAUUAAGUAGGGAGUCGUAACUGAGUGUUAAUCUCAGUGUCUGUCUCAUAGUGUAGAAAUGACAAGCAAUGCUGGCUAUACAGAAAAUGUUAUAAAAAUUGUCAUUGAAUUCUUGAAUGGUAUCCAAUCAUGGUGACACUGCUGAUCAAAAGUUAUGAACAGAAAUAAGAGUGACAGCUAGCUAAGACAAGCUUUUCAAUAUAGGAGAAAAUGAAGGUGGCUAUAGGUUGACUUGGGUGGAGGAAGAAAAGAUUUUUUAAACUAAAUCCAUGGAAAUAUUUUAUUGUUAUUCUGAUCUGUUUAGUGGAGUUUAUGCCCUUAUAACUAAGUAAAUAAAAAUAUAUGACUACCAAAUAUUUAAGAUACUUACAAAUAUUUUAUUUACUACAUAUGAAUCUGAUAUUCUUAAUAAAGUAUUACUUUCCAUUCUCCAGCAGUAACAUUUAGAAAUUCUUUACAGAAGCUUUCUCUGUACCAACAGUUUAUGGCUGAGAUGUUUUGUAAUUUCAUAUGUGAAAAAAAAUCAUUAAUCAAAGAAUAAGGAAGAAGCAAGGUAAAACAGUCCUAAACUGAUGGAACUAUUUAAUAGGAUGCCAACUCUUAGAGAAUACCCAUGGUUUAAAUGUAUUUUGUUGCUUCCUUCCCUUUCUGAGAGGUCCUGACCAUUAUGGCGAGCACCCCUUCGCUGACUUGGUCUUUCAAGAUCCUUAGUAGGUCUUACAGGAGCCAGUUUACCUGACCUUAACUGAAUGGAUCCCCUAUUUAACCAGCAGCCGUUGUCCUCAUGCCAAACACUGUAUAGUAAGAGACUCAGUCAUGUAUGCUUAUCGUUUUGUUCCAUGCAAUUCUUGUUUCCUGAUGCUCUUUAAUGGAGAAUCCAUUGUAUAAAGGAAAAUGGCCAGAAAUAAGAACUGCAAGACCAUGUGACUUUGCGCUUACAGAGCUUAACAAACUGAGUAACUCAUAAGGUUCAAGUUACAUUCAAGUGAAAGGUACAACAAAAACUUUCAUAGACAGAUACCAUUAUCAUUAACUAAGAAUAAUAAAUGUGCUCCUAUCCUGGGUCACGUGUCAUGCUAAGAUGUUUAGUGUGGCCAUCACAGUAAUUGUAGUAGGACAGCUAAAUGGACAUUCACUGUGUUUGAUUCAAAAUGUAUAAUGUAUCUUAUUGUUGGAAAAAUAUGAGCUCUGUUUCCAUUAACAUGUCAUCUUGUAUUUCUUUCAAGGAAACCACUUAGGUUCAAUGUAGGAUAGUACAGGUUGGUUGAAAUCCCAUGUGCAAAUAAAAUUUUAUGUCUGAAGGAUUCUUGUAUUUGAACAUAAGAAAAAUAAACUAUCCUGCUUUACUUUAUGUGCAGAAAUGAGACGUUCUAACAAUACUGAAGUGCUUCAUGGGGUCUCGGCAGUUCACUUUCUAGUAGUAAUAUCCACCUUUUUAACCUGAGCAUGUUUGUUUUGUCUGCUUUCUAUACAGAACUCAGUUUUGUCUGAUGAUUUAAAUGUAACCCAAGACUUUCAGCGUGGAUUAUUUAAUGUGUUCCUGAAGAGGCUGUGGUUCCCGACACAAGUGCUGUCAGGUCAUUAUUUGUUGUAUCAAAGUUCCAGUGGCUUCAGCAGUCAUAGCAUCCCUUGACUUUGAGGUGUCUGGGUUUGCAUCGUGUUGUUGACACCUGUACUUAGUGCUUGUUCCUGCACACCUUUCAAAUAAAAACACGUUUUUAUCAAGUA